ACCUGUAACGGGCACCUGCUGUUUGCAAGGGUAUAAGCGACGCGAGCUGGGGUGGCAACUGAACUGUCGGAAAUAAUUAUACCGGAACAGAAAUGGGAGAUACUUUGUUUUUCAACGGCCACCAGGCUAAAGCCCCUUACCAUGUCAACUAUCCACCCACCGUCCCCAGGUACCCGAGCUCACAGGAAAUGUUCAGGAGGGACAGUCCAGAUAAGUACACAACACUAAAGAGGGAGAGAGUAUCUUACCAGCACUGGACUGACAAAUGGUACGACAAUGGCUACCCGACUCUCCAGCGCCGGGAGCUGCCAAAACGUUCAGACAGACACGAGCCUUGCAGUCAGCCAUGGCAAUACAAUAUUGGCACCUCGGCCGUCAGUCGGUGGACCAAAGACGGCAAGGAUUGGCCGGUGUCUCCGCAAUACCUCACCCAAGGCAGACCCCCAACCGAGGCCACGCGCGCACGUGGUAUCAACCGUCUGUCCCUUCCCCGCGAAGAAAAUUUGUACCCGUUCUCCAACUACAUGACGUCACAGUAUAGAAAACCAGUGUAUUCCGUAUUUGGACAUCUACAGAGAGAUAAGGUUUACGGCGUUACUCACCAACACAACCGACACGGAAACAUGCCAUUCGAAGAUUACUACUAAAUAUUAAGGUUCCACGUAUUUGUUCUAGUAUAUUUUUGACCCUUCGACGAAAAAAAAACCCACGACUUAAAUUGAAGGUAAACCUAUAACUGUAUACAAAAUCAAACCCUUUUGGAAAAACGUUGUUACAGAGUUCAUAACAACGUAAACGUAAAAAACAAAAACCCAUUCACCCCUACACAUCUAAACUGGAGUUACCCAGUCUUUGAUUUGGUAAGGUUCAAAUUUGACUUUAAGGGGUGGAUGGGUUAAAGCAAACAAUGAUUUCAUAUUUUAAUUGUCAAAUGAAAAGUCAAAGGGGACUCUUAAGCUCAUAAGACUCACAGCUGAUAUUGCCGAUAUUCAGGUCGGCAAAGCUGUAUUUUAUUUAAUAUUCCUCAAUAGUUUGGAUAGAGAUAUUAGAACACAUUUUCUGUCAUUUUCUUUUAUUUAGAAAUAAGGACAAGUAGUAUUGAGUAAAUAGCCUAGCCGCCAACUUAACAAAAUGAUUAGGAUAUUUUUUAUACAAAUCCUUUUAUAUUGAAUAAGGUUAGUGGGGGUUUUUCUCACUACAAUUUUGUUUAUUCAUGAGCAUCAUACUGUUGUAUCUGUCAUUGUAUUAGUUUGAAACAAUACAAAUAUACCUAUACAUACAUACAUGCAUCCUCGACACUACGUCAUGGGUUCCACUCACUUUCGUUUGGUGCAGGGAGCAAAAGUGAGCAUAACCCCUGGAGUAUGGAGGAUAACAUACAAUGUACAUGUAAUUUACUCUAUAUUCCCCUGUGGUUGUAAGUUAGGGUUUCGGGGCGUUUAUAUGUUUGGAAUACGGGCAUGUGUGAAAGUAUAUUCAUUAUACAAUACACGUUUUUGUUAUGUAAAUAUAUUCCCAAAAAUAACUCUAUUUUUUGAAGAUUUUGUUUUUGUUUUGCAUUAAAAAUACCUCUUGUACACUUAAUCUGUUGACCAUAUGGACAACCUGAAAAUGUCUAGUCUAUUCCAACACAAGACAUUGAGUCUACUCUAUUUGACAUGAUGUUGUCACAGCUAAGACCUUAUAUCUGGAAAGUAUCUUGGUAUUUGACAUUUCCCAUUUUGUACUUAAGAUCUGGACUUUGUGUAAGUGCAAAAAAAUCCCACUUAAUACCUAAUACGUUGACAUUUUGUUGAUUUUUUUUUUUUGCCCUAAGACCUAACAUUUCGACAUUAUAUUAGUGUAAAAUAUUUCCCACCUAAGAAUCUAUAUAUGGACUUGGUGUCCGUGUAAGGAUCCCUGUCCUACUGCACUGGUUUUUCCCUAUAUGCAGUUACCUCCCCUGAAUUUUCCAUUUUGAUACACUUCUGUUUACCAGGUAGCUCAAUCAGUAAGAGCGAUAGUAUAUCAAUCUGAAGUCCAGGGUUCGAAUCUGCUGAAUUCUUACACUCAGAAUACUGUUGAUUGUAUUUUAUUUAUUUCGUCUUUACUAUUUCUCAUAAAAGUCCCGCAAUAUGUAGUUUUCUUUUCGGAAAUGUUUUAUCAAAGCAAUAGUCAUUCCGGGAAAAAAACUCUUUCCAAUGUGUUGUUACAUUUUUUUGGCAGAGGUACGGGGACCCUUAAGACCUAAUAUCAGGACAUAUUGUCAGUAUAAACUAUUUGCAGACGUGAGGUCAGUCUGAAAAUUCUAAUCAUAAUUUAAAGCUGUUAGACAAGUUAGCUAAAUUAGUUUUUUGUAUUAAGGUUUGGUCAAUUAGUAAAAUUAAUUUAGUCUUAUAUUUUGUGGUGUUUUAUGAUGUUAAGAGUGAUUGUUUUGACACGUUGUAUUGUUAACAUUAUAAUCAUUUGUGAUAACACUGGUUUUCUUUUCUGUAACAAAAAUAUAUUUCUACAUAUUUUUGUAAAUUAUAUUUCUUUAUACUUUGUUCACUAGUCUGAACUGUUUUGUUCAAACUACAUUUGUUGAUUAUAUUUCAAAUUCUAUGCACAUCUUUGCUCCUCACAAAGUGUUGAUAUAUGUAAUCUUUUAAUCAGAAUUUUUAAUUUUACCACUUAUUAAUAAAUAUUUUGUUACUUCUUUUUUUAAAUGAAUUGUGAUGGUGAUGUUAAUCAAUUGUAUUGCUGGAGUAAUUUAACCCUUUCACCCCUAUGUAACUUUAGUGAAUUAUUCCAUGCAUUGAUCUGGAAGAGUCCAUUAUCAGGUAUACAUGGGCGAAAGAGCUAAGGACUUACUUCACCUGGUGUUAAUGAGUGUAAAGAAGAUAACUCUUAGUAGAGAUUGUGUAAUGUCAUACAGUUCUGUGUAAUCAAUCGGACUUGUUAAUGAGUGUAAAGAACGAUAACUCUUGGUAGAUAUUGGGUAAUGUCAUACAGUUCUGUGUAAUCAAUCAGACUUGUUAAUGAGUGUAAAGAACGAUAACUCUUGGUAGAGAUUGCGUAAUGUCAUACAGUUCUGUGUAAUCAAUCAGACUAUCCAAAUGUUAACCCUUUCACCCCUAGGUAACUUUAGUAGACUCUACCUUACUUUUAUCUGGAUGAGUCCAUUGUGGUCCACAGUGGUGAAAGGGUUAAGCAUAGUAUGACUAUUUCACGAAAUACGUGUUGUAGACUGUAUUUCCUGUCGUGGAACGAUUUCCUCCCGGUAAACUUUGAAGAAGAAAAUGGAGAAUGGUAAAAACAAUAGCGGGCAAUCCAGCAUACAGUUUCUGCGGAGAAAUCUGCGGUUCAGUUUAACAUUUUCUACCAAAUCUAGUUCUUACUUGGUGCAUAUUUCUCCCUGUAAAUCACAGUCAGUAGCGUCAGCAUCAUGGUAAGAACAUUUCAUAAUCAUGUUAUAAUGAUGUGUUUUGUUGAUAAUAAUAAAUAUUUCUAGAAUAGA